AGAAUUUAGAGCGAUAUCUGAAAAAUCGUCCAAGGCGUUCUUCGCUGUCGCAGUUUGCCGCAAAAGAUGCUGUCAAAUUAAUGCGCGAGGAGACCAGUAACAGCCUCCAUCUUGGAAGGCGGACUUCCGUCUUUUCUUCGGAACCUCUCUGGGAACCUAAGGAGGCCUCUUCUGUUACUACAGAGAGACGUGCUUCUAAAUCCAAUCUGCUGGACAAGAGUACAUUGUACUCCGUCAAAAGAGAAAACAUUGCAAGCCGAGAGAUGGAAUUCCGAAAUAAACCUAUUGUCAGACAUUCUGAUGAUCCGAAUUUCAACAUCGAGCAGAAAAAAGAGAGGGACUACAUAAUGAACUCUCGCCUCGGGGACAACAGCCUUGGGAAAUUCUCUAGAGCGAUUAUCCAGCAUUUCUUUAAGGCCCCUGCCCCCAAAUCUCAUCCCGGGUACGGAAUGCCGCGACCCGACACGAGGGAGUCAAAUCCGUUCAGAAUGUUGAUGCAAGAUCUUCAAAGGGAUCCCAGUAUGCUUCAAAUAAGUGCAUUUCCGUCUCUUACAAAUCCCGUGAAGUGCGAGAGCGGAAAUGAGUUUUGCGAGAUAUUGGGAUCGAGUGCCUGUUCUAGUUGUAUUGAGAAAACAAAUCGUUAUAUAGGCGAUGAAUUACAGAGAAUCAUGUUUCCUAAGUUAGACUUAACUCGCCAGAGACUUGUUCAACCGAAGUUAGCGCGUGUCAUGAAGGAAGGUCAUAUGAUGCAGGUCCGAAAACGUAGACUGAGGGAGUUACAUUUUCCGGAUCACAUAUCCAUGCUUAAACGAAAAGAAACGCACAUUACAGACAAAAGUGCUCAUUUUAAGAAAAGUGCUAAAAAGAAGAGAAAAAUGAAAACACUAAGUUCUUUCGUCCGAUCCACUCCAAUGACCCCCGGAAUCGCACUGGCCACGGUUAAGGAGGAAUCCAUCGCCAGUGUUUGAUGUGUGUGCUGAUUGGU